ACACCACCAAGUACACAGUUCUGACAACCGAGGGGAUCAAAGAUGCCCUGAUGAAGAACCGAGCUGACAAGAAGCUGAAUGCACAUUCCAACAGCAAGGAUGGCAGCUCAGCUCAGGCUGAAGACUCGAAGAGGAGUUUUUUAUUGACGCAACAGACCGCCAAUAUUCCCAUUCCAGAAGAGAAGCUUAUGGCAAUACUGAAGGAACAGUAUCCCAUAUCAAAUGAGAAGCUUAUGACAAUACUGAAGACAACUCCCCUAACAGAGCAGAAGCUUAUGGCAAUCCUGAAGGAAGAGAAUCUCGUGAACUCGAAGCUCGAAGAGAUGAAAGUAAGUGCAAUGCUGAAAGCAGAGGCUGCCAAGGCUAAGGUUAAAGAUGGUGCAGACAUGGCUGUCGACAAGACCGAGAAGGCCUACGAGGGAGCAAAGAAUAAGGUCAAGGAGACUUACGAAACCGCCAAGGACACCAUGACGGAGUCUGCCAAGGCAAACUAUGAGGCCGCCAAGGAGAAGGCAUCCCAAGCCACAGGUGAUAUGGGGGCCAUGAUGCAGCAGAAGACGGCGGGUGAGUUAUGAACAGUGGAAGAGGUUUGAAAAGAUGUGCCUCUCGUCACUUCUUGAUCUUCCAAGAGUUUUGAGACUUGAAGUAGUUUGUUUGUGUUGCGAAUUAAUGUGUUUGAAUUUUUUUUGUUAAUGCUGCUGCAAUACUUUCAUGUAUUGCAGUAUGUUGCAUGGGAGGGUUUGUUCAGCUGUUGAGCUGUUUGUUUUGGUAUCAUCAGAUAACCGAGUUUGGUCUUGGAGCAAGAAAAAACUUUGCUUGGGUCAUUCCUGUAUUGUAGUAUUAAUUUCCAUGAGAUUUUGUUUUGGAUUUUUGG